AUGGAACAAAUAGAGGCAAUUUGUGGAUUGGAAUGGAACAACUCGAUGAGUGGAAUUUGUUCUGAUGAGGCUGAGUUCAUGGCCCAAUUGCUCGAUAAUUCUUCUAACUUUCCGAAAUUUUGGCCAGAUCAUCAUGCAUUGAAUUAUGAUGGCAUUUAUCUUGAAAGAUCAAUGUGCGAGACAAAUGCAAGUGUGUUUUUACCAUUUUCGUCGAGUCCACACGAAGGCUACUAUUAUGAUGAUGUGUCUCAUCAACAUUUUGUCAACGGCGAUAGUUUUAUGAGUAGUGAGAGUAUGGAGUCGAAUGAGAAUGUUCCGGAAGGUUCUCCCGGGAAUAAUUUGCCAGAAAUGUCCAAGAAAAGAUCCCGACCCUCUAGAGAAGUGGAGAGGAACAAAAGAAGCAUGAAACUCAAGAAGUGUGUUAAUGUUGAUUAUGAUGAUAAUGACAUUGAUAAUGAUAAUCACAACAAUGUGAAGAUUCAGCGGCAGAGCUCGAGUAGCUGCUGCUCGGAAGAUGAUUCGAAUGCCUCCCGAAAAGUCAACGAAUUUUCGAUUGGGUCAAAGGGAAAAACACGUGCCGGUAGGGGCUCUGCAACUGAUCCCCAGAGCCUCUAUGCAAGGAAAAGGAGAGAGAGAAUAAACGAGAGGCUGAGAAUCUUGCAGAAACUUGUCCCGAACGGAACUAAGGUUGACAUCAGCACAAUGCUUGAAGAGGCUGUACAGUAUGUCAAGUUUUUGCAAGUUCAGAUUAAGCUGUUGAGCAGUGAUGACACGUGGAUGUAUGCUCCAAUUGCCUACAAUGGAAUGGACAUAGGGCUUGAUUUAAAAAUCUCCACUCCAAAGCCACAAUCCUCAUGA